CAGAUUUUUGUUUUUUUCAGGAAAAAUUUUGUUCGUCGUGAACUUUUUCGGUUUGCAAUGAAGAAAGUUUUUCGGCAGAAAACUAAACGGGUUCCGACAAACCGGAGGUGCAAGGUAGAGAAGAAAGUCCGAGAUCACAAGAGGAAAGUCAAGCGCUUGAGCAAGAAAAACACGAACAAGCCGUGGGUUUCGAAAAAGAAGGACGUGAUUCCGGGGGCUUGUCCUUUCAAAGAGCAAAUUUUGCAAGAGCUCACUGAGCAGAAAGAACGCGUUCAAGAAGAGACGAAGAAGCGCUGGGUGGAAAUCGAGGCAAAACAAGCAGCGAAUGAAGAUCCAAUCGAUAUGGAAGUGAACGAUCCCACAUUGCCCAAAGAGCAACAAUCUGUGUUCAACUUGGAACGUGAUGGAGACAACUUGGACAUCCCGAAGUCGUAUUCAAGGGAAUUUUACAAGGUUGUGCAAGACGCUGAUGUGAUUCUUGAAGUGUUGGAUGCGAGGGAUCCUUUGGGGUGUCGUUCGGACCUUAUCGAAAACGCUGUGAAGAAUGCCGGGUCUCGUAAAAAGCUCGUGUUGCUGCUCAACAAAGCUGACCUUGUUCCAAAGCAGAACCUGACGGCCUGGCUCAGGUACCUUCGCAAAGACUACCCCACAGUCGCUUUCAAGAGCAGCACUUCCCAAAACCGCACGUUUCGCAGUCGUGCCCAGAUUCACAAGGCCUCUUCAGGACUUCUCCAGUCUUCCAAGUGUCUCGGCGCGGAUUCCCUGCUGCACCUGCUGGCCAACUACUGUCGGUCUGGGGAUGUGAAGACCUCGAUCCUUGUUGGUGUCGUCGGCUACCCGAACGUUGGCAAAAGCUCGGUGAUCAACAGCCUGAAGCGGAAACGCGCCUGCAAGGUCGGGGCAGUUGCCGGCAUGACGACGUCGGUGCAGACGGUUCAACUCGACAAGCACAUUAAAUUGCUGGAUUGUCCCGGCUUGGUUUUGGCGAGUGCCGUGGCCAAGGGAACGGAUGGAGCAGAGGACGAUGCGUCUGUGGAGGCCUUGUUGGCCUUGAGGAAUUGCGUUCGUGUCGAGACGUUGGAGAAUCCUCUUGCGCCGGUCGAUGCCAUCAUUAAGCGGCUUGGGGCAGAACAGUUGAUGACCCACUACAAGAUUCCGAAGUUCGAAACCACGGAUGAACUUCUGGUGUUGCUGGCGAAACGUUUCGGGCAACUGAAACGCGGGGGCAUUGUCGACACUGACCAGGCCGCGAGGAUGCUCAUCAACAACUGGAACUCCGGAAAGAUCAAGUACUGGACUGAGCCUCCGGAACUGCCUCAAAACACGCACGUCACUGAAGGAACCCAGAUUCUUUCCCAGCUAGGGGAAUCUUUCAAUCUGGAUGCUGAAGUUUUAGCCGGUACUGGUGCGAUCAAGCCCUCGUCUACCAUUGCCGUACCUACUGUGAAGUUUCUGGCGGCGGAAAAGGUUGAUUGCGACGACCUCGCGAUGACGGAGACCAGGGAACACAAGCCCAAGUCAGCCGGAACUGACUUGUCCAAGGUGCGUUCCGUCACAACUCGAGAUGAACUUGAGCUGUGUGAUCCGUUUGUUCGAUGCCUGUGGGGGACCGGUGUGGCAGUCAGGAGCGUCCGCCGUCCGGACUGUCCGGCCGGACAGUCCCGCCUAGUCAGGACCGUCCGGUCGGACAUUCCUGCCACCGUCAGGACUGUCCGGGCCCCA